GGCCGGGGCGGGGCUUCCGCAUUCUCAACAAAAGUCGCGCGCCGGGGACCCGGGCGAUGCGGGCGGUGCUGCUCCCUAACCGGCGGCUAUGGCGUCGUUCACCGUGAAGGCCUACCUUCUGGGCAAGGAAGACGCGGCGCGCGAGAUCCGCCGCUUCAGCUUCUGCUUCAGCCCAGAGCCUGAGGCAGAAGCCGAGGCCGCAGGUGGCCCCGGGCCUUGCCAGCGUCUACUGAGUCGGGUGGCCGCCCUGUUCCCCGCGCUGCGGCCUGGCGGCUUUCAGGCGCACUACCGCGAUGAGGACGGAGACUUGGUUGCCUUUUCCAGUGAUGAAGAACUGACAAUGGCCAUGUCCUACGUGAAGGAUGACAUCUUUCGAAUCUAUAUUAAAGAGAAGAAGGAGUGCCGGCGGGACCACCGUUCCCCAUGUGCUCAGGAGGCACCCCGCAACAUGGUGCACCCCAAUGUAAUCUGCGAUGGUUGCAAUGGGCCUGUGGUGGGAACACGCUACAAGUGCAGUGUCUGCCCAAACUAUGACCUGUGUGGUGUCUGUGAGGGGAAGGGCCUACACAGGGGGCACAGCAAGCUCGUGUUCCCCAGUCCCUCUGGGUACCUCUCCGAGGCCUUCUCUCAUAGCCGCUGGCUCCGGAAGCUGAAACAUGGGCACUUUGGGUGGCCAGGCUGGGAAAUGGGCCCACCAGGGAACUGGAGCCCGCGUCCUCCUCGAGCAGGGGAUGCCCACUCCAGCCCCACAGCAGAAUCAGCUUCCGGUCCAUCAGAGGAUCCCAGUGUGAAUUUCCUGAAGAAUGUGGGGGAGAGUGUGGCAGCUGCCCUCAGCCCUCUGGGCAUCGAAGUUGAUAUUGACGUGGAACAUGGAGGGAAAAGAAGCCGCCUGAUGCCUGUUUCUACCGAGAGUUCCAGCACAGAAGAGAAGAGUAGCUCUCAGCCAAGCAGCUGCUCUUCUGACCCUAGCAAGCCAGAAGGGAACAUCGAAGGCACCGAGCAGUCUCUGACAGAGCAAAUGAAAAAGAUCACCCUGGAGUCUGUGGGGCAGCCAGAGGAACAGAUGGAAUCUGAUAACUGUUCCGGAGGAGAUGAUGACUGGACCCAUUUGUCUUCAAAAGAAGUGGACCCAUCGACAGGUGAACUCCAGUCUCUACAGAUGCCAGACUCUGAAGGGCCAAGCUCUUUGGACCCUUCUCAGGAAGGACCCACAGGGCUGAAGGAAGCUGCGCUGUACCCACAUCUUCCACCAGAGGCUGACCCAAGGCUGAUCGAGUCCCUGUCCCAGAUGCUGUCGAUGGGAUUCUCUGAUGAAGGCGGCUGGCUCACCAGGCUUCUCCAGACCAAGAAUUAUGACAUCGGGGCUGCUCUGGACACCAUCCAGUAUUCAAAGCACCCACCGCCAUUGUGACCACCUCUGCCCACCUCUCUGUGUCCUCCUCUUUUUGUCUCAUAGUUGUGUUGAGCUAGUGUAGGAUGCAGGCCUCUCUGCACAAGCCAGUUUCUCUGCCUUUUUCUUGUAGAAUUGGGGGGGGGGGUGCAUGAAGCCAUUCUGGUAGCAGAACAAGUGACAGGAGGGGAGAGUCAAGAGUGUGUGCUGAUAUCUGAGAAACUAGCCCGGUCUCCCUAAGGGCCCUGGCUCCUUGCAGCUUCCCAGGGCAGCAUGGGCCCUGGCCCUCAUCCUUGCAAGAGGCUACUGAGGCUCACUAUAGUGUGUUCUGGCCUCUCCUCUGCUGGGGUCACACCAGCAGCACAGAAUAAGUCUUGCUUAAUGCCUUUCUGAUUUUUUUUUUUUUUUAAAUAACUAAUAGUACUUUGACAGUUGAUUUUCUGCUAGGAACCUGAAAUAUUCUGAUUUUAGAUAAGGUACAGGUAAUGAGCUGUCAGGGAGCCUAGAGAACUGGGACAAUGGGGGCAGCCAGCACUAUGGGCUCGUCACUGGGAACCAGGAAGGGCUCAUGAAGGGAGGUUGGCAGUGUGACAUUUACCAAGGGCUGUCCCUUCUCUCCUAAUCACUGUAGUUCAGUUCUCAUUUCUAAACAAGUUCAGCAGCUUUUAAUGUGAGAAGAUGCCUUUGUGGCCAUCCUGUUAUAUUUGUAAACAAUCUAUAAUUAAAUGUAUCAGCACUUUAAA